AGAUUGGCGCCUGGGCGGAGCACGAUGGGCUUCCCCGGGGCAGGCAGGCUGCUGCUGCAGGUGGGUCCCCGCGCCCGCGCCGCCCCGCGCCUCCCGCGGUCGCCCCGCCCCUGCCCGCCCGCUCCGCUCGCAUUGGCGCUGCGGGCUGUCUGUCCCCGCGCGAUGGGGAGAGGGCGCACCCGGCGGCGGGCUCUGCAGAGGGCGCCUUGCUCUGGGUGCGACCGCGGCUCCCUGGAGGCCUGGGCGCCCGGCCCCGCGAGCGCGCCGCCACCUCCGGAGCAGUGUUGGCCAAGGACCCCGACGCCCUACGUUGAUCUUUAAAUAAAGCAAAAAUUUAUCCAAAAAAGGGCUUUCAUGAAGAAAUUAAAGAGAGAAAUUACAAGCCAUAGAGAAACUGGGCAUUUCUAUACUAGAGAAAUCACCUAAAACAACUGUAUGGAGUAAGAUGAAAGGUAUGAAUAUGCCUGGAAGAAAUUUUACCUAGUGUGACAUUUUUGCCCAUCUUUUUGUCACAAAAGGCUGCUAAGGAAGAGAGAAUAUAAUUUUCUAGAGAAUAAGAGUGCAGUGUAAAAAUGGAAACCACAGUUUCAGAAAUUCAUGUAGAAAACAAGGAUGAGAAGAGAUCAGCAGAAGGUAGUCCUGGGGCUGAAAGGCAGAAGGAAAAGGCAUCCAUGCUUUGCUUCAAGAGAAGAAAGAAAGCAGCUAAAGCACUGAAGCCCAAAGCUGGCUCUGAAGCUGCUGAUGUGGCAAGGAAGUGUCCACAAGAAGCAGGAGCUUCUGAUCAGCCAGAGCCCCCACGGGGGGCCUGGGCCUCACUCAAACAUCUUGUAACACGCAGGAAAAGGUCAGAGUCUUCAAAGCAGCAAAAGCCAUUGGAGGCUGAAAUGCAACCUGCAAUAAAUGCUGAGGAUGCUGAUCUUUCUAAGAAAAAGGCAAAAUCUAGACUUAAGAUUCCCUGCAUAAAAUUCCCAAGAGGGCCAAAAAGGAGUAAUCAUUCCAAAAUUAUAGAAGACUCAGACUGCAGCAUCAAAGUCCAGGAAGAAGCUGAAAUUUUGGAUAUACAAACACAGACCCCAUUGAAUGAUCAGGCAACAAAGGCUAAGUCAACCCAGGAUCUAAGUGAAGGCAUCUCACGGAAAGAUGGUGAUGAAGUCUGUGAAUCAAAUGUGAGCAAUAGCAUAACUUCUGGAGAGAAAGUGAUUUCAGUAGAACUUGGAUUAGAUAAUGGGCAUUCUGCUAUUCAAACAGGAACUCUAAUCCUUGAAGAAAUUGAAACGAUCAAGGAAAAACAAGAUGUUCAACCCCAGCAAGCAAGCCCACCUGAAACUGCAGAAACAGACCAUCAGCAACCAGUACUUUCUGAUGUUCCUCCUUUACCUGCAAUCCCAGAUCAACAAAUUGUGGAAGAAGCCAGUAACAGUAUCCUAGAAAGUGCACCAAAUGGGAAAGACUAUGAAAGUAGAGAGAUUGUAGCUGAAGAAACUAAGCCAAAAGAUACUGAAUUGAGCCAAGAAUCAGAUUUUAAAGAAAAUGGGAUCACUGAAGAGAAAUCCAAAUCAGAAGAAAGCAAAAGAAUGGAGCCAAUUGCUAUUAUUAUUACAGACACUGAAAUCAGUGAAUUUGAUGUUAAGAAAUCUAAAAAUGUCCCUAAACAAAUCUUAAUUUCAACUGAAAAUGAGCAAGUAGGGGUUUUUGCUAAUGAUAAUGGUUUUCAGGAUAGAACUUCAGAACAAUAUGAAACGCUCUUAAUUGAAACAGCCUCUUCUCUCGUCAAGAAUGCUAUUCAAUUGUCAAUAGAACAGCUGGUUAAUGAAAUGGCCUCUGAUGAUAAUAAAAUAAACAAUCUUCUACAGUGACUUACUCUCCAGAGUCAUGGCAGAAAAAACAAGCUUAAUGAAGAAUUCUUUUAUACAUUUGUGGCAUUUCUUACUCAGUAACAAAUGGGAGACUUAUCAUCUCUAGAACUUAAAAGGUACAAUUCCAGCGCAGAAGUGCUAAAGAUUAAGUCAAGUUUAUAAAACUCUACCACUGAAAUGCAGUCACUUCUGGACUGGAGGAAGUCAGCACAGAUUGCAGUGUAAAGUGACAUAACAUACAGGGAUUUGCUAAAACGGCAUAUGGAGAUUGGAGUGCUUUGGGGGAGGAAGAUGUAUUUAUUGAGCACUUAUGGUAUGCCAUAAGCUUUUUAAUGACCUCUGAUAUAACAAAGUCUGGUUUCCUUUUGAUAACUCAGCUCUGUGUAUAGGCUAACAUCACACUGAGUUUUUAAAAACUUAUUUUUUACAGUGCACAUAUAUGUUGUUUAAAAUGGUGAAUAAGGUGAGCUACUUUUGUGAAUGUGAUUUGUAAUUGUUACAUUCCUAAGCAGUAGGCUUAACUCAAAAAAUACAUGGCAUUUUCCCAGUUUCAGCAGAUAGUGUGCAGAAUACGCAUAUUAAAAUUAAACGUGAGUGGUUUUCUAGUCUUAAGUCUCUUAUAAGCGCUAUUUGGCCAGGCGCGGUAGCUCACGCCUAUAAUCCCAGCACUUUGGGAGGCCAAGGCGGGUGGAUCAGCUAAGGUCAGGAGUUCGAGACCAGCCUGGCCAAUGUGGUGAAACCCCGUCUCUACUGAAAAUACAAAAGUUAGCCGGGCGUGGUGGUGCACGCCUGUAAUCCCAGCUACUUGGGAGUCUGAGGCAGGAGAAUUGCUUGAACCCGAGAGGUGGAGGUUGCAGGGAGCCAAGAUUGCACCACUGCACUCCAGUCUGGGCAACACAGCGAGACUCCAUCUCAAAAAAAAAGGAGAACCAUUCACAAAUCCUUCAAUCAGGCAAAUUGUUACUAAGUGCAAAAGUGUAGAAACAGGGAGUGGGUUUUUCCCCCACUCUUCUUUCUGCCUCAACAGAUCUGUAUAUAUCCACUUUUGCAUGGAUUUAUCUGUGAAAAGUUAAAAAAUGAAACAGCAAAAACAAAACAAGGGGAAUAUUAUUCUUCAUCCAGGAGAAGGGAAAAUUCCCCAGUAAAUUAUCACAGAUAAUAUAGGAUUCAUCUUGCAGAAUUACUUCUUUAAGAGCCAUAUUCAUCAACCUCUCUCCAAAGAGGGGAGAGUAUAUUCAAAGCCAGCCUGGCAGUAAUGAUCCUGGAAAAUCCUAAUAAUCUAAUGCAAACAUUAUUUAUUCUCGGCCAAAAAUGAGCCAUGAAUGUGGGUGAAUAGAAAGUGAAAAGUUAUUGCUAAAGCACAUUAUAAUUUAAAUGUCAGUAUUCCUUCAUGUCUGUGUGUUGAGAGAGACCAGUAAAAAGCAUUUUACAUGAAUAUUGAAAGUUAACUUUUUCAUCACUAUUUUUUUUUUUUUUUUGAGACGGAGUCUCACUGUGUCGCCCAGGCUGGAGUGCAAUGGCGCGAUCUUGGCUCACUGCAAGCUCCGCCUCCCAGGUUCACACCAUUCUUCUGCCUCAGCCUCCCAAGUAGCUGGGACUACAAGCGCCCACUACAACGCUCGGCUAAUUUUUUGUAUUUUUAGUAUACAGACGGGGUUUCACUGUGUUAGCCAGGAUGGUCUUGAUCUCCUGACCUCGUGAUUCUCCCGCCUUGGCCUCCUAAAGUGCUGGGAUUACAGGCUUGAGCCACCGCGCCCGGCUUUCAUCACUAUUUUCAAUCCAGAUAUACUUUACAAAAAUGAGAAGGGCUUAUUUGCAUUUUUAUUUACAUAUUGAAAGGGAAGCAUCUGAUCUCAUCAAUGAUUGCCAUAUUUUUUGAAAAAGUAAUCCUAUUUCAGUCUUUCCUUGUGUGAAAUGGCCAUAAUACCACAAUGCACUUCCCUACCUCACAGGUUAGGAUUCAAAGUGUGUAUUCCCCCAUUGUGUAAAUUGAGUGAUUGUGUUACUACUUGAAACAGAUGAAGUAAUAAAGAUGAAGUAUGAGAUGUAAGGUAUUUGUUCAAGAGCUCCACUUGGAGGAAAUAAUGCACAUUAGAUUAUUUUAAAUGAUCUGGGUGAAUUCUUGCAUUGUGUAUGGAUUGCAUAUAGAAAGUAUUUGCUACUUUGUCCUACAGAAUCAUCUUCAUUUCUUUCUGUAAAUACAUAUUGAGACCUCUAACAAAAGAAACUAAUCUGACUUUGAAAUUGAACCAAAUCAUGGAUAUUAUUAGCAAGAUUCUUUGCUGAAGUACAAAAAUAUUUCCCCCAGAUUUUCCUACCUUCACGCUUAUAAUCUGGGGGGGGGGGGAAUCCCUAGCAAGAUGAAAAGUGUCAUUCAAAACACAUGACCCAAGAAGUCAAUUUCUUUUAAUUGUACAACUUUUAAACAUUAAAAAAAAAAAAGACGAAGUCAUCUUCUCUGAAAACACUCUUUAACUCACUAUAUGUGGUGCUAAUGGACUUGGACAGCUACCAGCUAUCACAUUUAAAAGUGAACAAUUUUAAAAACCUGACUAAGGUUGGUGCAUUUUACUGUGUAUUGAAGAAUCCUGCCCUCAUUUACUGCAAGGAUGCCUCCAAGCCAAUACACUUGCAUUGUAAAUGUUUAGUAAUCUCAUGAACAAGCAAAAAGUAUAGUACUUACCAAUUAUUGGAAAUAUUUUGGGGGAUUUAAAAAAAAAAUAAAUGGUAAAUAUGUGUAAUGAAUUUUUUGGUUAAGAAAGUAAAAUUUUAUCUAAUACUAGGUUUUUACUUUUUUCACUGUGGUUUGAUAUAUAUUUUUGGUUAGAAUGUAUUGAUUGUUUUUAUGAUGAGAUGUAUAUUUCACUUGCAUUCAUUCUUAAGUGGCUUCUGUUUUUCUAUUGAGAAUAUCUGUUGAAUUAAGUAGGAUUUCAGUUAGAAAAAGGAAUUCAGAAAUUAACUGGUCUCAAUCUGAUUAUAUGUGCUACAUGGUCAAAUCCUAUUACAGUGAAUUCUAAGGUGAUUCAAAUUGUUUUAUUGUUAUAGGAAUAUGCAGAAAUCAGAUGGCUUCAAAGUCGUAAAAUAUUUUUCUUGUAAUAGUAUUUAAGCAAUUUGACCUUAUAUGCAAACAUUAAGUGAAUAUAAAUAGGUUCUGGUUCAAUUCAUGUCCACUUAACGACAUUAAAAUAAUUAUUAGGAACACCACAUGAAUUUUCAUUUACAUUUUUGUGGUAUAAAUUCUGCUUUUAAUGAAUAUUUAUUUAUUAGCCAAAAUUCAGUUUCUCUUUGAACCCAGCAUUUUGCAGGGUUGGGGGUUGGGGAGGGGGAUUAUUGGCUACUUGUUAACUUUUUCAGCAUAUUAUCAUUCCUCUUUUAAGACUCAAGUAUUAUCACUUUGCUUCUUACAACCCAGAGAAUGUGAAAAUCCUCCUCUAUUUUAUGUAGCACUAUUCACUUAACAUUUUUUCAAAGCACUUUAUAGGAUAUAAAAAUAGUACCCGGUAACAUUUAAGUAAAGGUAGCAGAAAACAAAAGAACUUUCAAACAGAAAUUAUGUUCCCUGCCACCUCCUCCACCUCAAAGAAUAAUAAGCAUGUGGCACAAAUGGAGUUGUUCAGAAAAGCUGUCUGCAUAAUUUUCCUUCAAGGUAAUGUAUUUGAUAGCAUGAAGUUUGUGAUGAUCUUACUUGGUCUACUACUUAGCGGAGUCUUAGAAUCUCUUUUAUUUACUUCUGAGAGAUUGUUAUUUCACCAGUAUAUGUGAACAGGCUUGCUAAAGGUAUUAAAGAUAUGGAUCAUGAGGGCACCAAAUUUGGCUUCUGUAUGCAAUCCAGCAUUAACUUCAUCCAUAAAUUUCUAACUGCAAGUUGCCUUAUUUUUUAUAUUUAAGAAUGUUUUUAGAGGUUUACAACAGAAUUUUAAAAAUAAUUGUUAGGCUUUAGAAUCCCACUGUUUGAAAAGAUCCUUUUAAUGUCAACUUUAUUGAAAUAUGUAGUCUACUUUCUAAUUUCAUCUGAUACUCAAUAUAGCAGGGUUUGAUUUUUCUGCCUGCCAUUUGUGCAUUUAAAAAAAAAUCCUCAUUUAAGAUUUAGAGUUCUUUAGGUUCAAAUUCCUAUGAUGUUUUAUUGGGUAACAUGUACUCUCUUAUACAUAAUUCAAAAUUUCAAUCCAUGGUAUAUUUUACGGUACAUUUUUGAAAAGAAAAUUUGUUAAUGCUCCUUAGUAACAAAAAUUAGAAGGAAGCUACAUAAAAUUCAGGUGUCCUAAUUAAAUUCAAUUUGAUUCAACACACGUAUUAGGCAUAACUCAUACCUAACACUAUUUGAUAAGGGGGACAGGCUCCCUGCUGUCCAAGAGCUCAACCUAGGGAGCAGUGACAACAGAAACCAGGUUGGGUUAAGGCAAAGGGCCAUGGAUAAUGCUGCAACAUGAGUGGCAUAGAGGGGAGUACACAGAUAGAACAAUUAAUUUUGGUGUGGGGAAGGUGGUGAUCUGAAUACAGCAGCAGUUUGAAAGUAUUCCGUUUUUAAAUAAACAGUAUGCUUAUUUUGAUUUGUGACUAGGUGUAGAAAAAAGCCUGCAUAGUGUUACAUAUUUAUAGCAGUUCUUUGUAAAAAUGUUAAGUGGAUGAGCUAUUAUGAAAAGUUUCAUUUUUUCUCAUUAAAAUUAGUACUAAAUUACUGUGGAUCAGAUGAUAAUAUUAAAUAAUACUCUGUAGAAAAAAGGUUUCAAGUUGAAUUAAUUUAUGUACUGAUUAUUAAUACAGAAUAAAUGUUAUAUUGACUCA